CUGCGUAUAAAAAAUGUUGAAGUUUAUGAAGAAGAAUAUUGCCAAACACUUUGGAGGGAAACAGACCCGAGUUCAGCCCUCGGACUCCGAGAAAAACCAGAUAUUUUACAGACCAGUCGAUUACAUGGACAUGCUUGAGCAGUUCUGGACCAGCAAGCCCAACAACUACCAGGGCCUGAUUGUUUACGAGACCACCUUCGUUCAGGGGGGCUACACCAGUUUCGUGACCCUACCCACCGGUCAUUGUUUCGCAAACCCACAAAGGUGCAGAAAUGCUCUUAAUUCGAGACAAUUUGCAGCUAGAGUUGCGUUGAUUCACUCCAUGUUCGGAGGCCACAUUUUCCACGAACAGAAUGGAAAUAAUAGUAGCAAUGUGAACCAAAAGGGCAACAAUGUGAACAACAAAUUCAGUGGUCACGAUGAGUCCUUUGAUUCGACACUUGAAGAGAUCAUUCAAAACCAAUCGGUGUCCAACAUCAAGUGUGACAAGGAGGAGAGCUUCGAGGCCAUGUCCUAUGUGUUGAGCAGUUCGAGGAGCAACUCCUCAGGAGCUGAAAGGUUCCACAUGCUGCUCAAACUCCACCUGAUGCACUGGAAUGGAUCCUUCAGGAAACUCAAGUCCAUGCGUUACACCAAACAACAGAUUGCCCGAGACUUGACACACCUCCCAGUUGAACAGCUGACCGAAUUCAUGACUUUGGAAUGGAGUAUGCGUGAACAGAAACAGCCAGGCGUGAUCUGUCUAGAACUGGCCAGAUGUCAACGCCAGUUGUUCAAGGCCACCAAAGACCAGCAAAACGUCCGGGUUGCCAAAGAGAAGUGUCUUAUUUUAAUCUCAGCCCUGGAUUUGGUCCAGUGAUUGACGCCCUGAAUACACUCAAACUAACCCUCAAUUAACAUAUGCAGCAUUAAUACAAUAUACUCAGUUCGCCAAAUGUUCACUCUAAAAGGAGCUGAGUGGAGCUUUCAUUUUUGAUACGUCUUUUUAAUUAAUAAAGGACAAAUUGUUUAAAUAAUGUUUUAAAGUUGUAAAUCUUCUUUUAUAGUUGUGAUAA